AUGUUAUUGUUUGAGUAUGACAUCCAGUAUGUAUCCCAGAAAGAUAUUAAAGGAAGUGUGUUUUCUGAUUCCCUGGCACACCGGCAUGUUGAAGACUAUCACUCAUUGAAAUUUGACUUCCCUGACGAAGACAUUAUGGUAGUAAAAGAUUGUGAAAGCCCAGGGCCUGAUGAAGGUCCUGAACCCGGAUCUCGAUGGAAGCUCAUGUUUGAUGGUUCUUCCAAUUACAUGGGGCAUGGCGUAGGAGUUGUUCUUUUGAAUCCGAAUGGAGGAUAUAUUCCUUUCAUAGCAAGUUUGUGUUUUGAUUGCACAAAUAAUAUAGUAGAAUAUGAGGUGUGCAUCCUAGGCAUCGAAGCAGCAAUUGACCUCCGAAUCAAAAUCCUUGAAGUAUGUGGAGACUCAACCUUGGUGAUCUACCAAGUCAAAGGCGAAUGGGAAACCCAUGAUACCAAGUUGAUCCUGUAUCGUGCCUAUGUCAUGGAAUUGAUAGAAUACUCUAACAAAAUCACUUUCCGUCAUAUCCCAAGGACUGAGAAUCAAGUAGCUGAUGCUCUGACUAUAUUGGCUUCAAUGUACCAAGUUAGAUUUCGUAAUGAAGCGCCUCUCACCCAGAUAGAGUAG